AUGCACCCUCAGGCAGCAGGAUCAACAGGAGCACCGCUUCGAACAUCAUCCCCUGAUUUUUCUUCACUUUCACACGAAGAACUUGAACAAUUAGAACUUGUCCUUCAAAAGCAUGCUUUGAUUGAAAAUGAACAAAAGCAACGUUUAUCUGGUUUACGUCGUACUAUGGUUCAUCUUCAGCAAACCAUUCAAAAUGAUCAACAAAGAUCUCGAACUUUUUCAUUAACUGCUAAUCGUAAUUUUUCUCCAGUAUUACAAUCUUCACCUCUAUUAACUUCGUCGGAUAUUGUUCAAUGUUAUAUUUGUUUGGGUAUAAUUGAAUUUGAAACAAAUAACUUUAAUUAUUCACCACCUGUUCUUUGUGCUGAUUGUCAUCGACCUGUUUGUCGACGAUGUGGAAAUUAUACAUCGCCUGAAUUUACUUCUCCACACUAUGCAAUACAUUUAGAAAAUCAAAAUCAUGCAUCAAAGUGGCGCUGUCGUAUGUGCAUUGUACAUCGUGAAGUUGUUCGGAAGUCAGGUACAUGGAAUACGACUGAAGAUGAUGUACCAAAUCAUUCACCUGUACGUUUAUUACAAAAACUAGCUGCUUAUCGUGCAUCAAUUACUUCAACAUCAAUAUCUUCAUCACCAUCACUGCAGAAUGAACGUCAUUCAUCAAUUCUUACAGAAUCGACAAAUUUUUUUGCACGUCUAUGGCGUCCAUCUCCUCGACCAUCGUCACCAUCUCCCAUGCUACUUGCUAUACAUGCAAAUAGAUCAUCAUCAUUUGAUCAAAUACCUGAACCUACUUCUAUGCCAGUAGAUAGAUCAUCUAAUUUACCAUCAUCAUCAAAUAUGUUUAAUCGUCGUAUGUCAUUUAUACGUGAUGUAUCAUUGAAAAGUUCUUCUUCAAAUCAAAAUUGUGCAUCAUCAUCAUCAAUGAUAAUACAAUCACCUUAUGCUAUCCCGCCAUUGCAAACACAGCCAACAACAUCAAGUACAAUAACAGAUCCUUCCAUGGAAGAUACAACAUCGGAACCACAAUUUGAUACACAUAGUGAAAUGUUAUCUCAAAGUUUAGAAACAAAUAUUGAUGGUAGUAAUCCUCGUUCAGUUGAUGAUCAAGAUGAUGAUCAAAAUUUUCGACAAAAAUCAUUGACAUAUGAUGAACGGCAUAGAAAAUUAAAUUCAAUAUCAAAACCCAUUAGGCCAUUAGCUGCACAGUUAUCAUCACCUAUGCGAAUUAGUGAACAAACUCACCAUGAUAGUCUUCCUUCACGAGAAACCAGCACAGAUAUUAGCACGGGCAUGGAUUUUUCUUCCGUUUCAAUAUUAGCUGAGCUAUCACAAAAUAGUAGUAGCGCAGAACCUUUACUAACAGAAAAUGAAUCGAUGUCUAAGAGCACGCCUUUGAAUGAUAAUAAUGAUUGUCGACAAGCAAGUCGUUCAAAUUUAAAAAAUUCUGAUUCAUGGGCACGUAAGCGAGCAUUAUUGCAUCGUGGUCAUCAAUGGACGAAAACAUUUGAAAAAGAAGUUUUAACAAAAACUAAUAAUAAUCAUACAAUGAUGAAGCAUCAAUAUUCUAAUAAUAUGCAAUCUUUACCAAGUUCUAUGAAUAAAUCAUCAAUAGAAGCAAAUCACGAAGAAAAUUCUUCCUUAUGUCAAAUACCAGUGUUAACCAAUUCUACAACGAAUUCACCAAAUCGUACGCCAUAUAGUUUUUCUGGUCGACGAAGAUCAUCUCGUCGUUUACCAAAUAUACCCAACUCUAGCAAUAGUCAAAUAAACUCAUCAACUAAUGAUACAAUAGCUGAUGAUUUAAUUUUAACAUCAUCUUCACAUUCAUCAACUGAAUAUUCGUAUCACCCAUUACGAGAAAAUUCUCUCAGCAAUUAUUCAAAUCGUUCAAAAAGUAUUGAUUCCGAAGCAUCACUUAAAUUUCGUUCAUCACAAGCAAAAUUAUUACAUGCACAUCAAACACAGAAUGCUAAAUCGAUUGAUAUAUCAAAUUUAGCACGAAAAAAAUCCUCUCUUACUGUUAAUAAUACGUUAAUACAUCAACGUUCAAUUGAUUAUCCAUGUAUUGUACGUAAAACACAAGAUUUGUCAGAUAUUGUUCGAACACGAAUGUUAUAUUCAAAAAUAAAUAAACAACAACAGCAACAGCAAGGAAAUAGUUUUUCUAUUAGUCUUGAACGUGAACAUGUACCAAAAGUUCCAAGAAAAAUUAUUAUACGACAAGAUAAUAGUAUUGAAAUUUCAUUAAGUCAUCCACCUAAACUACGACGAAAUACUCUAUCAGAAGAUUAUUAUUAUGGUUACAAUCCUGAAAUUGAAUACAAUUUAACACAGACAGGAAGUGGUUCAUCGACAUUGGGUUUACCAAUUUCAUCUUCGAUGUCAGGCACAGCAAGUGGUGAUCGACGAAAAACAAUCGAAACAUGUGAAAAUAUUUUUUUACAUGCUGAAGAAAGCUCAAAAUUGCGUGCACGUACACCACCAUCAAAUCCUCAUAGAAUAUUACUUCAUCGAGAUAAGAAUGAUACAUCUAUACGAACAAAUGGUCUUGGGAUGCGUAUCGUUGGUGGACAAGAAUGUGAAGACGGAAGUCUUGGAUGUUUUGUAACAAAUAUUUUAUAUGGUGGUCCAGCUGAUGUUCAAGGUAAUAUUGAAGUUGGUGAUCAAAUUCUAGAAUUCAAUGGUAAUUCUCUAAUUGAUUCAACUUACGAAGAAGUUCGCAUGUUACAAGAUCAAUGCGGUGAUAUUGUACAAUUAGUUGUUCAACAUAAUAAUAUUCGUUUACAAAUCAAUGGUGGACAAGCAUUAUCAUCCAUGGAAAUUUCAAGACAUUUUGAAACUGUUCCACGUUUAUCAUCAUCAAUAACACGAAAGCGACGAAAUUUACCUCCGUUACCUUCUCCAUUGUCAUCGUCUUUUCCAAAACAACCCAAACGACAACUAUAUGAAACCGUUGAAACGCUUGAAGUGCCCAAUGUUAAAGAACUAAAACCAAUAUUGAUUAAUCGCGGACGUCUGCUAGCUCAAAUUUGGCAUGAUAUUGAUGAUAUGAAAUUGGCAUUAACAGUAAUUCAAGCUGGUAAUCUUCCAUUAAGACAGAAUGGUGAUUUACCCUAUGCACAUAUAUCUGGUAAAAUGUUAUUUGAAGAUCGUGGCUUUGAUAUGUUUGAAACCAAAAUUAUUCAUUCAUCAAAUCCAAGUUUUAAUGAAACAUUUGUUUUUCAUGAAGUUGACGCUGUUGAUGCACUUCAUCUUGAAAUAUUUCUUUGGGAUAAAAAGAAUAAUAUGCCAAAAAAUAAUAAUAAUACUAAUAAUAGUAGUAUUGAUGAUUCAGAUGACUUUAUUGGUAUGAUACAAUUACCAUUAAGUGAAGCUAAUCUUGAAGAUGAACCACGUUGGUAUGAAUUACGUGAUCGUCAAACGCGCAAACCGUCAACGACAAGUGUAACAUUUAAAUCUUCAUCGGCUGAAAGUAGUGAAAGUGUUCGUAAAAUGCCACCACUAUUAAAAUCAUCUAAACGUCAUGAACGUACGAAAUCGUCAGCUGAUUUAUUAAUACGUGCAUUAAAUCGUUCAGCAACAACAGCAAAACGUGAAAUAGCAUGUGAGUCAUUGCCAACAAAACGAAAACAUUCUGUUGCGCAACUUCUUAAUCAUUCACCGAAUAGAAAAAAUUUACAACGUGCAAGUAUUGCUGGUUUACUAGCACCAUCAAUUAUGAUGCCAAAGAAUAGUAAUGAUAAUGAUGAGGACGAGGAUGAUGAAGAUGAUGACGAACAUGAAAAAAAUCAACAGCAACAUGAACGACGUCAAUCACUAAUUGCUAUACAAUCGGAAAAAAUUAAACGUCAAAUUUCUAAAGGAUUAUCAAAAUUAUUCGAUGUUCAUACAAGACGUAGUAGUGAAUCGACACCAAAAUCAAUGCCACAAAGUCCAACAAAAGGGUUAAUUACACAAACAUCAAUAAGUAUGGAUCAAGAAGAUGAAAAUUCUUUAUCACCUGUUAUCACCAAUGAUAAUCUAAUAACUAAUAUUAUAAAUAAAUCUCCACGACAUAGCAUUAUAUCAACUACACAGCAGGAUGAACAUCAAUCAUCAUCAACACGUUCCAUACCUUUGCAACAAAUGCCUAUAGGACAAUUAAUGUUACCUUAUAUACCAUCAUCACGUCAUUCAUCUAUAUCUGGUUCACGAAAAUCGUCAGCUACAUCUUAUUGUGAAAGUGAUGAAGAUAUCGAUAGAUAUUUUACAUUAACUGAACAACAACAAGAACAAUUGAAUGAAAAUAGUAAUUUUCAAACACAUAUUGCUGGUCCAGGACAAGUAACACCAAGAAAUUAUGAAAAUAUGAUUAAUGAUUUUAUACAUAUGGGACAAAUUCAACUAGGUUUACUUGUUACGAAGGGUCUUUUAGAAAUUGAUAUUAUUUGUGCAAGAGAUUUACAAAGAGUUAUUGAUGAUACAAAUAUUCGUGGAACAAGUACCACAGACAAUCCACCAGAUACCUAUGUUAAAACCUAUCUUCGUACUGGUACACGUCGUGUACAAAAACGUAAAACACAAACAAUAAAAACUAGUUAUAAUCCUGAUUAUCAUGCAAAAUUAAAAUAUAAUGCUUGUAAUGUUAUGGGUCGUCGUUUACAAGUCACUGUUUGGCAGCGCGCACGAAAAUUUGAAAAAAAUCAAUGUAUUGGUGAAGCAUUUAUUCAACUUGAUAAUCUAACAUUAACGCAAUUAACACUAGCUUGGUAUAAAUUGUUUCGAGAAAAAUUAGUCGAAAGUGAAUUUUAUGAUUCAAGUUAA